AUGGAUGACUCAGUGGGAAGAAACCGAGUUGGAAGGCACCUUCUGAACGAGGCAAAUCCUGAUGAUCCUUCCCUGCAGUUUCACAGCAGGGGACUAGAAUCUUCCAUCCUGCAUUCUCUUCCCAUGUCUCAGUUCAAGAAGAAUAAUGAAGGAGAACACGGCCAAAGCAAUCUAGAAGACUGUGCAGUUUGCUUGGGUGAGUUCGAAGAAGGGCAGUGGCUAAAACGUCUACCCAACUGCAGUCAUGCCUUCCAUGUUCCUUGCAUAGACACUUGGUUUCAGUCUCACUCAAAUUGUCCCCUUUGCAGAUCAACUGUCUAUGAUCUCACCAUUCAUGCCGAAUAUCCUGUUUCUGUGAACACAGUGCUGGAACCUCUAAGCAGGGAAGACUUUAUCCAAGUAAGGACAACACAUCGCCAGAUGUUGGGUUCCUUAAUCCUACCAAACUCACGACUGACAUGA